GCCUUGCCAACCUGGAGUUGAUUGCUGAACAGCGUGAUCUGCUUCAUCACCACCAUAUCUCCACCCAACGUCCCCCAUCGCCUUCUCAUCGCUGCCUAUUCCCUCUUUCUACGAUCGUCUCCCUACCUUAAGGCGUCCUCCGUCGCUCCGUCGUCUUGAUAUCAUACGCUGCAUCCGCGAGCAUUCAGGCUUGAAGCAAGAGCACGGCACCAUGGGUGCAAACCAGUCGAACUUGCCAGGCCAGGGCGGAGCCGGCGACGGCAAGGACAAGAAAGAUUCCAAGAAAGACAAGCCAAAGUAUGAACCACCUCCGCAGCCCACGACCCGCAUCGGCCGCCGCAAGAAGAAGGCUGCCGGCCCCAACGCCGCCGCCAAACUUCCCGCCGUCUUUCCGUCAGCACGAUGCAAGCUACGAUAUCUUCGCAUGCAGCGCAUACACGACCACCUGCUGCUCGAGGAGGAGUACGUCGAGAACCAAGAACGCAUCAGAAAGGCUAAGGCGGCGAACUCAGCACCAGUCUCCUCGGCAGGCGGUGACUUGGAUGCGUUAGACAGAAACGCAGACGAGCGUUCGCGAGUCGAUGACAUGAGAGGGAGCCCCAUGGGCGUAGGCAACCUGGAGGAGCUGAUUGAUGACGAUCACGCUAUUGUAUCGAGCGCCACAGGUCCGGAGUACUAUGUGUCCAUCAUGUCUUUUGUCGACAAGGACCUUCUCGAACCUGGUGCAAGCAUCCUCCUCCACCACAAAUCCGUCUCCGUAGUCGGCGUACUCACAGACGACACCGAUCCGUCGGUCUCAGUCAUGAAGCUUGACAAAGCGCCCACAGAGUCAUACGCAGACAUUGGCGGUCUUGAAUCACAAAUCCAGGAAGUGCGUGAGGCAGUAGAGCUGCCGCUGCUCCAUCCAGAACUGUAUGAAGAGAUGGGCAUUAAACCGCCAAAGGGCGUCAUCUUAUAUGGCGCUCCAGGCACGGGUAAAACUUUGCUCGCGAAGGCUGUGGCAAACUCCACAUCCGCCACUUUCUUGCGCAUAGUCGGCUCGGAGCUGAUUCAGAAGUACCUUGGUGAUGGUCCUAGGCUGGUGCGCCAGUUGUUCCAGGUCGCCGCUGAGCACGCGCCCUCUAUUGUGUUCAUCGAUGAGAUUGAUGCCAUCGGCACCAAGCGAUAUGAGUCCACAUCUGGCGGCGAGCGCGAGAUCCAGCGAACCAUGCUAGAAUUGCUCAACCAGCUCGAUGGUUUUGAUGACAGGGGCGAUGUCAAGGUUAUCAUGGCCACGAACAAGAUCGAUACGCUCGACCCAGCACUCAUCCGCCCCGGGCGUAUCGAUCGCAAGAUUCUCUUUGAGAAUCCUGACCAAGCUACAAAGAAGAAGAUCUUUAAUCUUCACACCUCAAAGAUGUCACUCGGCGACGACGUCGAUCUCGAUGAAUUCAUCAAUCAAAAGGAUGACCUUUCCGGAGCGGACAUCAAGGCUAUAUGCUCUGAGGCAGGGUUGAUGGCGCUGCGAGAGCGGAGAAUGAGAGUGCAGAUGGCUGACUUCAGGACGGCGAGGGAAAGGGUGCUCAAGACGAAGAGCGAGGGUGAGCCGGAGGGCUUGUACUUGUAAGCACGUUUGAUCAGAAACCAAGGCAUCAUAAGUAUAAAGUGUUCUCUAGUACAGAGUAGAGUGGAGACAAAGGUCAUUUUGUACGAGUAUAUGCUACGAUAGACCGCCACCAUCUUUUAAAUUUUUCUUUGGCGGACGUGCAAGAGCGUACUUGAGAGAAUAUAAUGGAUGUUAUCCUGGCCUUUCUCAUCCUCCCACCCCGAACGCCCUUCUAAGAUCGUCCUGGGGAUGAAUUUAUGCUUGAAC